AUGGCUUUCACACCACUACUACCCUUCGACUCUUUCACAGAUCGUGAGUGGGUUGAACACACAAAUACUACCGAAAAGAUUAUUGAAUUUUGCCAAAAUAUCGGUUUGAUUCCAAUCAGUCCCACGACUCCCUGUGCCAAACAACAUAAUAAUUGGUACAUGGGAGCUUGCGCUCGCUCUCGCGACAAAUACCUCUGGCGUUGUCGCACUUGCAAGAGUACACGUUCCAUUCGCGACGGAACAUUUUUUUCUAAAUCAAAAUUGGAACUCCGUCAAGUCAUCGACUUGCUGUUCUACUGGUCGCAAUGCAAUGAUUCGCAUGAACAUCUGCGACGUCAUUGCAAAUUCGCUAGCGAGUCGACAAUUGUCGACUGGAAGAAUUUUAUGAGAGACAUAUGUGCCACGUAUUUUUUAUUACAUCCGCCAACAAUCGGCGGUGUUGGUCAUAUCGUCGAAAUUGACGAAAGUUCGUGGACCAAGCGUAAAUAUAAUGUCGGUCGCGUAGUUAAUAAUCAAUGGGUUUUCGGUGGUACAGACCGUAUCACUCAUGAGUGCUUCGCCGUUCUCGUUGAUCGUCGUGACGCGGCAACACUGCUCCCUAUUAUUUAUCAGUAUAUACUUCCGGGUACAACUAUUCACAGCGACCAGUGGGCCGCUUAUAACAACAUACGCAAUGGGCCUCAUCAUUACAUACAUUUCACUGUAAAUCACUCACAAAAUUUUGUCGAUCCCCUCACAUUAACACAUACUCAAAACAUUGAGAACAUGUGGAUGUGUGCUAAGAUGAAAAAGAAAAGGCAAAUGGGUCAGCACGUAACUCUUUUGCAAACUCAUUUAACAGAAUUUAUGUGGCGACGUCGAUUCGGUGAUCGCCCCUUUGAAAACAUGACACUAAGUAUAUUGUACUUGCAUCAGAAUCAAAUCGAAGACAAAGGAUCACAAGGUUUAGCAGAUGGAUUAAAAGAAAAUAAACUCUAA